AUGAGAAUUAAUCACCCUAAUCGAUCGGAUAAAACUAAUUAUAAUGGUAUUCUACACCGUCCAGUUCAUGGAGAUAAGCUUUAUGGACGUUGGGCUGACGCACAUAUUCGUAUCGCUCUGUUUAUCCAACAUUGUAAAUCAUCUACUCAAGGAUUACAAUCAUCUCCGGUUGUAUCCUCAAUAUUUUCAACAUCUAGAUUACCAAUUCGUCCCAUGGUUAAACGUUUGAGCCUAGGUGUACAUUCCUCUAUGCCUUCUUCCAUGACUAGUGGACCUGUAAAUUAUAAUUCAAGUAAAAUAAAUAUUGAAUCAGUGAAUAACAAUCGAUCAACUCAGCCGCCGCCACUAAGACCUCCUUCUCUUCUUCCUUCACAACUUCAUAAUCCUAUUAAUUCAGUGAACAGUAAUAAUAAUAAUAAUAAUAAUAAUAAUAAUAAUAAUAAUAAUAAUAAUAAUAAUAAUAAUAAUAAUAAUAGUGGUCCUUCAAUUCCUAGUAGCAUAACCUCUGAUAUAUCAUUUUGGGGACAUUUAUUUAAUGAAUUUAUGAAUAAUCUAUCAAAGGAAUUUCUUAAUAGUAUACCAGACUGUAAAGAUACUCAACUAGCAACAUUACAAAACUUUUAUUCUCAAAUGUCACAAAUGAAUAAUUCUGUAUUAAAUGGAGGUUCUUUCCCGAAAUCAACAGAUUUUUCUUUUCUCAAUUCAACAGUAUCAUCUUCAUCUAUGGCUAACAAUAGUAAUAAUAACAAUUGUUCACCAGUUCCAUCAGCAUCAAAUAUUGCCGGCUUCAACUUUCCAUUAAUUACUCAAUCUUUCAAUUCCCUUUCUUCUUCCUCCUGUUCUUCUUCUUCUUCUUCUUCUUCUUCUGCUACUACUACUACUACUACGAGUGUUCGACCAACUGUUCUUCCUUCAUCUCCUGCUCUUAUGAAUUUUUCAUCGUCAACAAAUGUUUUUAAUAAUAACGAUUUAAAACGAAGACGAACUGAUUCUUCUUCAAGUAGCAUGGAUAUUAAUAAUUUGCCAUUUCCAAUGCGUUUUCCUAAUUCCUUUCCUCGACCACCGACUAUUCAUAAUUAUGUGCCUCAUCAGCAUUCUUCCCUUCAUUCUGGAUCAUCAAUACCACCACCUCCAGCACAUUCCGAUAUGAUAAAUGUAGCCGCCGCUGCUAGUUUAUUAAAUGGAUUUCGAUUGCCUGAAACCUUUUUAAAUCAUUUCCCACAUCCUACACAGUUAUCAUCGGUGUCAAGUGGUUCUUCUUUGAAUGAUAGAAAAAACACCAGGUCAUCCAAUACUACUACCGGUACUAUUACGACUUCCAAUAAUUCAUCACAUUUAAUUCCGAUCAAUCCUUGGUGAUUUUAAUCACAUUGUUUGUCUAUUUUUCUCCCGAUCAAUAGUUUAUAACUUGUUUCAAAAUGGUGAUUUUAUUGUUAUUAGCUAAUUCAAUCCUAGUGAAGAGAAGAUAGGUAUGUGAUUAUGAUGAUGUUGAUAGUGUAUGUGUAUGAGUGUGGGGAAGGUAGGUGCAAACAAAAAGGGAUCAGUUUUCAUUUCAAUUCUUCCUUUCAUUUAAU